AUGUCCCGGCCUUCACCGCCAAACUACACCAACAGCUUCCGCGACCUGCGAGCCAACUUCGAAACUCGCAGCCAACCGACGAUAGCCACGGCCUACCGCUCCAUCUCCGCAGCAGCAGGGGACACGUCAGCUAAUACCGCCAUGUCUUCGCAGCAGCAACAGCAGUCGAGGCCGCAGUCUCUGCCCCCCGCUGCUACUCGUCGCGUGCCUUCGCUUGCCAAGUCGAUUGAUACGAUUCUUGAUACGCCUCCUGCUUCUCCGCCUCCGACGACGCCUACACUCAGUACGGCUACUAGUACGCGUCCGGCGGCCCCACCUCGUCUUCGCCCUUCCUGGAUCGGACCUCCCAAGCAGCCCUCCGCAGCCACCCCAGGCCCGCAACAAACGAUGAAGCAGAACGUCACGGUCGAGUACUCGGCCCCGGGUCUGCAGCCGCCCGUCUACAUCUGCACCAGUCUCAGUGAGCCACCGUGGGAAGCGAUCGAGAUGCACCGCGACCUGGCUCCCGCUCCUUGUCCUCCCGCAUCGACGAAAAGCGACCCUGCUUACACUUCUGGCGGAGGGUAUGUGUUUUCCAAGACCUUUUGCGUCGAGGAGGGCGAGUACCAGUACAAAUUCCGCCUUGGGGAGGGGGAUUGGUGGGUUUGCGAUGAGGGGAGGCCGAUGGUUGAUGAUGGGUGUGGGAAUAAGAAUAAUUUGUUGAUUGUCAAGGCGGAGGGGAUGCUUGUGUCGAAGGUGGAGACAGCUGCUGGGUCGACCAAGGGGCAGAUCGUGGGAAACGGGGUGCCCAAGGCUCCUGAUGUUGUCCCGCCUACGAACGCUCCAAAAGCCCCCGAGGUGGUUCCGUUACCCCAGCAAGUUCUACCGCCUGUCAUUGCUCUUACUUCUUCGACACAUGAUGUGCAGAAGCCUGGAACCGCAUCGGUGGCGAAACCGGAGGCGACUUCCACCACUGCGCCGGCCUCCACGCGUCAUGACUCGCCUGAGCUGGCGCCUCUGCUGAAGCAUGAGACGUUUCGACCUUUGGAAGGCGCCAUGGCUCAGCAGACACCAGAGACCGAGGCAAGCAAUCCACUCGAGGACGAUGAUGGAGAUCUCGGCGACCCACAUCCUGGACCUCUGCUCAGUCAUGAGACUUUCAAACCGCUUGCUCCCGACGAGUCGACUUCGGAUUCGGAGGAUGAUGACAGUGAUUCGAGCUCAUCAUCGGAAGACGAUGACGGGGAGGAUGAAGGAAAGGCAAGAGCUUCAUCGAAGACGUCCGAGGAGGCAGACGCUGCACCGCUUUUCCGUCACGAGACCAUGAUGAAGCCCCACGGCGUCCCGCCCAUCGUGAUCCCCACCAAAAACACGUCCACGGCUGUCAACAAUUCUGCAAUUCCACAAGAAGCAACUCACCACGACCUGCACCUGGAGAAGUUCCCCGUCCAUCACGCAGGUAUCAUCGACCAAAUUCUUGAAACGCGUCACCGACUUCCCGAAGACCAAUUCUCGGAGGAACACCUCUUCGGCUCGCCCACUUCGCAAGUCAUCUGCGAAUCGCCAAUCUCGCCCGCGACGCGUGUUCGAGCGACGACGGCGGAAGAAGUGCUGGAGAAGAUACGAGAGGCGGAGGAGGAAGAGUAUGAGAAGGAGCAAGAGGCAGGACAAGAGCUGGACCCUCUGAGACUGCAGGAGCCGGAAGACGCGGACUUCACGCCCAAGGUUGAGGUGGACAUGGUGGAGAAGAUUGAGAUUGAGGAGCACGUUGUGAUCGAAGUUGUGGAGCAACGCAAGGGUUUGGCGGAGGUGUUGCUCGAGAGGAUGGGGGGGAAGGGAAACGCGAUGUGA